GCGAGGAUGAUGCAGCGGGCGCUUUCGUUCCCGGUGAGCCCCGAGCGGAACCGGCUGCGAGGCUGGCUGGAGGGCACCGUGGCCGGCCUCUGCGAGCUCCACCUCCUCCGCGAGAGGCAGGAGCGGCGCGUCCGGCAGGCCCUCCGGAUGAGCCCCGGCCAGGGCAGGAAGGAGGGCGCCGAGGAGACCCCCGAGGACCCCCUGGACGUCCUCCCUGGCUUGAUGUGGGAGUUAGAGCAGCAACUGGGAUUACUGCGCUUGCACCCGGAGAAGAGCUCUGGAGAGGCAGCGGAGACAGAUAGCUGGCCCAGUUCAGGUUUCUAUGAGGGAGCCCAAUCCGCAGUGGUUUCUGAUUCUCCAGCAUCCGGGUUCGGGGACUCAUCUUCCAGUUUCCCCUCUGCCUCGGGGUCCUAUUCCCGAAUUGGCCGCCCCGAAUCUCGCCUCGGCUUUGCCAGUGAACGCCCCAAGUCUGUAGGUGAUGUAGCAAACAGCAACAAAGAUGGGACCAACCGGAGCACAGUACCCCGCUCCUUCUCUGCCCCCUACUCGAGUUCCCAGGACUACCCAGAAGGACCAUUGCCGGCUUGCUACCCGCCGGACCCUUUUCUGUACCCCAGCCCCCUCCAUGCAGUGGCCCUCCAGAACCCUCUACUCCGGAGCCACCUGUACGAAGACUCCACCUUCGCCUCCGCAGCUUCUCAGACUUUGGCCUACCCCACUGACCAAGAUAGCAGCCUUGAGGCCUAUGGCAAUGACUUCGCGUUCUACUCGGAGGCGGCCUCGCACUGCCACAAAGUGGAGAGCUACAUCUCCCGCCUCAUCCGCCGCCGCAGCCAGCUGGUGAGAGGCAGCAAGCCCCGAACUAGCCUGGGCUCAGAGCUGCCCUCCAAGGGCAAUGUGGUCAGGCAGAACAGCCUCUGCAAGAGACCCCUGGAGCUGUUGCCUCCUCAGGCCGAGCGCAAGCACCCACCGUCCAUGGAAAGAGGGAGCAGCACCCCUUCGCCCUGCGGCCACGAGGGUGGGGCGGCUGCAGCCACGCGUAUCUGGUCUUCGUGGGACUCUGCCGCAGAGAGGACUCUGGCAUCCAAGGCUGUGGUCGAGGAUUACAGCCCACCACCCCAGUCCAGUCUCAAAAAGCCCCCCAAGCUGCAAGCACUGGCCCACAUGAGGUCUUCUUCGGUGGAUCAGUAUGAAGCGGCCUACCCGUCGUCCCCUUUGCCAGACAGAGAGGACGGAGUCUCCCGGGGCAAUGGCCACGAACCCAUCUCCUAUGAGAAUGGGGAGGGGGCCUGCCUAAUGGUGAAAGCCCACUAUAUCCCAGCUCAGCAGCCCCCACGGGCUCAACAGGCUCACCACCGACCUGGCAAAAAGAAGCCUCCACCACUCACGAAGGGGCGCUCCAUGGAACUGUCUCCAGAACGGGUCCCUCUUUUGACAAGGGAGCGCGCCCGGGUUUCAGCACCCCCUAAGAAAUGCCGCUUUACUGAGGAAGGGGGCGAGGUGGCGGGGAGGAAGGGGUCUGGAAGGAAAAGCUCUCCCCGGUCUCGCAAAGCUGCCCGGUCCCAGUCCGAGAACAGCCUCCUGAACAAACCGGGGGUCAAAUAUGGGACAGCGGAACGGGAGGAAGCGGCCACAAAACCGUCCCGGCAACGGCGGUCUCACGGGAACACAUCCAGCGGAUACCGCAAGUGGCGCUCAACAGCAGAGAUCUGCCAAGAGGAUCCACCUCCAGGAAGCAUUGCGGAGGCACCCCGGAGCCAACGGGGAGUAGGGCCGAUGGGGUACAGUUAUGCUGGCAGUGACUCUGAAUGCUCAGGUGAGCAGGUCCGUCAGGCACCUGUGUGUCACCUGGAGGAAGGACUAGUCUAUGGAGAUAGCGAGUCCAGCUUGAGCGAUGGGGAUUCACCUCCUGCCUACAGCAGCGGGGCGUCCAGUGACACGGAUGAGAGUGGUGGCCUAGUGUGGCCCCAGCAACUCUCCCCACAACUUGUGUCGGCCUCCGGGCCUGGAAAGGCGGCCAGCGGGCAACCUAAGGUCUUUGUCAAGAUCAAGGCCUCACAUGCGCUGAAGAAGAAGAUCAUGCGCUUCCGGUCUGGGUCCCUCAAAGUCAUGACCACUGUGUGAAGGGAAACCAUCACGUCCCGGUGUCAACUCCUGCCAUCUUCCUCACACCCCUUCUUUUGUGGCUGAAAGUCCCUCCCCGAAAUGCAUCCCUCAUUCCCAUCCGGUUCCCAACAUUUACCCCCAUGGGGCUGAUCUACUUCUGUGCUUCCCUUGGGGGAAAAGCCUGCCCUUGACAGAGCUGGGGAUGUUGGGUACCCUGAUCCAUGUCUCCCCAGCUGCACGAAAAAUGUGUGUCUCUUGCUCCCUUGGCUUAGAGUCCGGAAAAGAUCCCAUUUUUUGGACUCUUAAGCUCCCAAAUCCCUCCAAACUGGAGGGAUUCUGAGAGUUAGAGUCCAAAACACCAGUAACUUUUCAAGCUCUUCCCCACCCCUACUGUUCUUUCGAACCCCAGUCUGUUUUUAAAGGAGAGGUUAUUUAUUAUGUUUUUUGUACAGCGAACUUUUCAGGAGUCGACGUUUUGCUAUAAACCCUCUGGAAUCAGAAUCCACACCUCCAGUCUUGUAUUUCAAUACACGGUACAGAUGUUCCUUCUCUCUGUCUGUAAAUAAAAAUUGAGUGUUUUUCUUUCCUUUUUUUCUUUUGGUGGUGGCUU